AUGUGGACCUCGCCGGAGCACUCGAGAAGGGAGGGUAGGGAACGGAGCCCGGAAGGAGACAUCUACAGUUUUGGAAUCAUUUGCGCUGAAAUUCUCACUAGAAGUUCGGCGUUUGACUUGGAAAACCGGAAGGAGAAGCCAGACGUCAUCAUUUAUCAGGUGAAGAAAGGAGGUCACAAUCCGAUGAGACCGUCUCUGGAAACCGGCGAAACUGUGGAGAUCAACCCGGCACUGGUAAGCUUUUGUCUUUCAAUCGUUAAUCUAUUUCCUUCUUUGAGCUCCAUUUUGUGAGGGACAUGUGGACAGAGCGGCCAUGAGAACGACCGACGAUCAAGCAAGUUAGAAAUCACUUGAACGGAAUGAGGGACGGAAGAAAGGCGAAUCUGAUGGACCACGUCUUCAACAUGCUGGAGACGUACGCAUCGACAUUGGAGGAAGAGGUGUCGGACCGAACGAAAGAGCUUGUGGAGGAGAAGAAGAAGUCGGACGUGCUGUUGUACAGAAUGUUGCCAAAGUGAGUUUAAGUUGAAUCGAGAACAGUCCACAUUGUUCGAUUUUCAGAAUGGUAGCUGAGAAACUGAAGUUGGGACAAGCCGUGGAGCCGGAGACUUUCGAGCAAGUCACAAUAUUCUUCUCCGACGUCGUUCAGUUCACCACUCUGGCAAGCAAGUGCGCUCCUCUGCAAGUGGUCACUCUUCUCAACGAUCUCUACACUGUAUUUGAUAGCAUCAUUGAGCAGAAUGAUGUGUACAAGGUCUCGAGAAUCCAGUUCGAAUCGAACAAAACAAUUGGCAUGAACACUUGA